AGAUGUAAAUACUCAAAAAAGGUCGAUGAAAAUUGAUUUAUAUCAAAUACUGGAGAAACGAUGAAUGUUUUUUUUUCGCGAAGGAGGAAAAGAAAAAAGCGAAUGAAUAAACUCAGGGUGGUAGCAUUGCCUCGAGCACGACCGCUGCGCCCCCGGACGAAGCUUCUAUUCACUAUUGUCAUGAGGACCUUGGCCAAAUGCGCUCGGAAGCAAUGGUAAUAGAAAUUAGAGACAGAAAGUGAAGAAGAAAUGUGCUUAGUUUUAGGUUAUUGUUGUCGGUUUUAAAAUGUUUUCGGGACUGAAGUAUAUUAUUAUAAUCCUAAUCACAAAGCAUACUAAUGGAAUAAAUCAUUUGUUUUCCUGAAAUAGGGUUAGGUAUUUUUUUAUCUAAUGGAGCCCAAACAAGUAAAUUUUUCUGUUAUUAAACAGAAAAUAAUCAAAACUGAUGAAAUACUUAAGAUGUACUCGGAAAGUAAUAAAAAACUUAAAAAAACACAGCAAGCCUACAAGGACUUGAAAUCCAAAUACGACGAGGUUAACAGCGGUUUCAGCCGUCUCGAGUUAGAGAAUGGUAGGUGUACCUUCAAUCUACAACAAAUUACUUCCAAGCACGACAAACUUGAAUUGGAAUGCAAACAGACAUUACAGCAAAAGGUUUUGUUGGAGCAAAAAUACAGUAGGCACAUUGUAGAGUGUCAAUCGACGAUAUUAGAAUUACAGGAUGAACUGAGAAUGAUGAAAGAACUGAGCGAGGGGGCUGAGAAACUAUCUUCGCCCCCUAGGAAGAAAGUUUCUCCUGAAAAUGAUGAUUCUUCAAAAAAAAUCAACGAAAUGGAAGAACAUAUAAAAUAUCUCAAGGAGAGUGAAGCAACAGCAAAGAAAAAACUAGAGUUGGAAAGAAAAGAGUUUGCCGAAGGCAUGAAUAAAAUCAAAGAUGAGCAUUCCAAAGUGAUACAGUUGUCACAAGGGGAAAAACUACAACUGAGUAAUGACCUAAAUAAAAUGAAGUUACAGAUUACCUCAAAUCAAAACCAUUACAAUGAAAAUCUUCAUGCCAAAGAUAAGGAAAUAAGCAAAUUAAACGCUGAAGUUUUGGCCUUGAGAGGGCUCAAGGAGCAACUGAAACAUAUCACGGAAGAAAACAAAAAACUCAAUAAUGAUAUAUUGUGUCAGAGUCGGGAACGAUGCACUGUACCUUCUAAAACUGCCCAAACUCAGACAACUGAAGAUUUCAAGUCUGUUUUAGAGGAGAACUUCACCUUGAGAAGAGAAAUCCAAUUGUAUAAAAGCCAAACCUCAAAGAGUGAAUGGACUCAAACAGAGUCACUGGAUUCGGAAGACGAGUCUCUUAUGGAUAUCCUAGAGGCAAUGGCCGGGCCCCCUAGACUUCUGUCACCCAUGAGGCAUUCUCCUUAUAGACAAUCCGAUGAUGAAGUCGCAUCAUUAGUACAACAAGUUGAAAUACCGACCAUCAUUGUCACCCCUUGUACGCCUGUGAUUAAUAAAGAGCAGAAAUUUGAAGAGUAUCCUCAGGGUUGUGAAGAAGACAAGCAGGGAUCAUUUACACCUGAAGUUUAUGAGACAAAAGCUGAAAUCAUUGAUGGCCUUUCAGUAGAAAAUAUCUGUGAUAAUAUUAUACAAAGUGAUGUAACUUCCUUGAUCGCUUUAGAAAUCAAAACUGCUGAAGAAGAGACCCAAAGCAAUGAUUGUCCUGCUGGGGUUGACAAUGAUAUUCCAACAGACAAAAGUGGAGAAAAGAAAAUCCUUGCUUGUGACCUUGACGAAAAUCAUCUAACGGAUGAUAGUAGUGAAGAUCAACAAAACCAGGUAAACCAAAAUGUGAAUCAACCAAAUAUUGAAACUUUCAAAGAAGUUGAGCACCAACCUUUGAAAAUUGAUCCUGACAUUAUAGACUCGAAAUUACAAACGCCUGCUGAAUCUGUGGAAAGUAACAAUCACAAAUGGAAAUCUAAAAUACCUGGAAGGCGCAAGUAUAGACAUUGGCCUAAUCUGAAUGGUUAUGUAAAACUUCAUCGAGGAAAACCACCCUUGAACAAAAAAGAAACAAGAAGAAAAUUAGGGGCAAAGAAAUACCACAGAAAAGAUUGUGUGCUUAGGGCUUUACAGGUGUUGAAACGCUCUAAAAUCAACUUCACGAUCUCGAACGAGUCCACCGUACCGCUGCAAUGGAGAGACUACAAUUUUUUGAACAGGUUUGAGAAUGGGGAACGAGUUGGCAGUCCGAAGCAGAAUGUAAACCAUUCAAUUCGAAAGCUGAGUUGCCCUUCGAAGAUCUGCAGGAGCGCCUGCAUGUCCUUGGAUGGCAGUUCCUGCCCAGCAAAGCUAUUGGGCUUCUUUGACGUGAAGCAGGAAUCCGUCACCCCGCUCGGCGGAGAACCUUUGGAUAAGAAACCUGGCACUCCGCUGCGAUGGUUGAAUAACUUACCGAUUAGCGAAGUAACCUCGGAGAAUAUUCUUGAUAGGCUCGCAGAACUUGUGAGCGAGAAGCUGAAGAAUGACAAAAAUUUAAAAAGGAAACGAACCACUUGCUUGCCCCAAGACUCCGAAUUCUGCUCUGAAACAGAGACGGAGCUAGAGCGGUUGAUCGAAGAGCCCAGUUGUGACGUGCUCGAGAGGAACAAGAUGCUCCUGAAGAAGGCCAAGUAUGAUCUCAGCAGGGAAAAGACUUCCCAAAAUAGUUUGGAAGGAAAUGAUGCAAAAAGUAAUAUCGAAACUUCUGUAUUCACUGAUAGAUAUCUGAAAAAUCAGCACUUGAAAGCAGAAACUGUUUAUCCUAACGUGAUGAGCCCAAUGAACCCAAAACAGAAGAGUCCUAUGGCACAUUCCGGCGCCAAAUCUGUCGUUAGAUCACCCUUUAAUGAAUCUUUUCCACAAGAAGAUCCAACCACAGUUACUUCUGAUGUUUCUGAGGAAAUUAGUGAUAUCGAAGACAGUACAGAUUUUUGCAAAUUCUCCCCCGUUCCAAUUCUCCUGAGCCCCAUAAAAUCCAGCCCUGAAAGUAGUCCAAAAACCGAUGCUUUCACGAUAUCCCCUCGGAACAAGGAAAUCAAUUUCAAGAGUUCAGAUAAAUCUAAACUUUCAAAUACUUGCAAGCUAAAACAUUCGUCCGACCUACUUUCUACAGUAAGGAAGAUAGAUAAAUUGAAUGAACCUCUUUUCACAGGCCUCAGUAGCACUCUAGACAUUGGGAUUGAAGCAAAGGAAGAGAGCUCAGAAGCAAAUUGUAAACUGAAAACUGGUGCCCCAGCUGUAGGAGUCUCUAAUUCGACACCUUUCAAUGUUUCAAAGCAAAGGGACUUGGAAAAAAUGGGGUGUUCUAGUAUAGUUGGUUUAUUUGCUGAUAAAAAUACCAAGAAAGAGACUUCUAGUCUAAUUUCGCAACCACAGAGUCCAGUAUUGUAUUCAGAUUCAAGAUUUUCUUCACAUACCAAACCAUUCAGAGAGAUAAUUCCAGGAAAAAGCCCUGAUCCGGAUAAUACAUUUUCAACUACUUCAAACUGUUCGAGAUCUUUUGAACUUCUGGAUUCUUUGAAAUUACUUCAAAACUUGGAUGAAAUUAAUCAACAAAAACCUUGUAAAAAUAUUCGUAGGAGUAUUUCCGAAGAAAACUCCUCGCUUCCUAGCUGUUGCAAUCCAAAAGAGAAUAUCUCUAACAAAUCAUCAGAACUUGAAGAAUUAGAACCUGUUUGCGCUGCAAAUGAAAUGGAGAAAUCCAAAAGAGAUGAUUUGAAACAAUCUCCACUCAGCUCAGAUGACUCUGAUCCAUCAACGAGUUUUCAUUGCAUGGAAACUCAAGAACUAGAUAGAGAAACAAACUAUAUGAAUUUCACUCCGAGAAUUCUACAAAAAAUUGAAAAUAAUUCAGCCAAUUCAAAUGCCGUAAACAAUUUGAAUACAAGUUCUUGUAUCAGCAAAUUUCUAUCUAAUGAGAAGGAGAUGACCAAAGAAAUUGAUAGGUUUAUGACCAGAUUUCAGCUGAAUCAGAGUUUGACUGAAACUCAGUCUUUUCAGCAAGAGAGGUCAAGUGACACAAUUCUAACAGCAAGUGAUAUAUUGAACAUCAUGUCGUAUUCAGAAAAUGCCCAAAAGUCCCAAGAACCAUUAGACUUCAGUAAUUCGAAAAAUUUGGAAGAGUUAAAUGUUACAACAUUAAAUGAUGAGGAAGAACGGUUAAGUCGUCUUCAAUCAUCAGAAGAAAAAUCCAGAUUCGGUUAUGCCAGCUCUCCAAAUAAACACCUUUCGAGUUCACAGCAAUUUAAAAAGGAAGUGUCAGAUUGUUCUGUGUCGCUAGAAGAAAACUACCGGAAUCCUAUAAAACUUGAAGAAGAAAUUCAUAACUGGCCUGAGGCUCCAGAGAAUAUUCAACCAAGUCCCGUUAAAUUCGAGGAAGAAGAAGAGGAAAUUCAUAACUGGCCUGAGUCUCCAGAGAAUAUUCAACCAAGUCCCGUUAAAAUCGAGGAAGAAGAAGAAGAAAUUCAUAACUGGCCUGACUCUCCAGAGAAUAUUCAACCAAGUCCCGUUAAAUUCGAGGAAGAAGAAGUUCUAAGUUGUCCUCAGUCCCCGGACGUUUGCCCAGCUCCACUGCUCUCUAUUGCCACAAAAAUUAUACCUCUUGAAAGAGUCGUUGACGUCGCAGUCAGGAAAAAGAAAACAAAGAUGAAUUUAAGGAGGUCAAGGCGGCUAAGCAAGGCCAUAAUUUCGUCCAGCUCUGAGCAUGAAUCUGAGGAGGAAAUUUGUGAAAGGCUGAGAGUAAGUGAAACAAUUUCCAACGAACCCACAGAAGCAGCGGUCACAAGGAUUCGGAGAAAAUCUUUGUUGAAGGAAACCGGUCCUCCUGAAAAAGUAGUUCGUAAAAGGGGGAGGCCGAAGAAAUAUCUGCUCAAGCAACCGCCAGAGGAAUUGGAAUCUAAACAGAGUCGUAUAGAAAGCGAUCCUCCUGAAGACAUUGACAAAGAGAAGACUGAAGUUCCUGAUGCCAAUGAAGGAAACGGAAUCAAUAGCGAAUCUACCCAACUAUCGCCGAUGGAAACCAAGAAGGUAGUUAAAAAGAAACAAAAAAUGAGUAAGCUCAAAGCAAAUGUAAUGAGACAGAUGAAACAGAAACAACAAAUGUACCAGUCUGACAAACCUGCAGCUAAUUUUGACUGCAGGCUGGAGACCCAUGUUAAAAAAAAUGAUGCAAUAGAAGCAAGUGUAGGAAAUGAGAAUGAAACAGUUCCUGCAGAACCUAGCAAUAGUCAAAACAAAGUCAGUAGCGGUAUAUUGAAGAAAAUCAAUAUUGUUCAAAAUAUUCUCAUACAAGCAGGACACGGUGCUCCCUCUGUGGACUUACAAGGAAGAUAUAUUGGCGAUUCAAAUCCACAACAAAAAUCGUCUGAAACCAUUAAGGAAAAACCUACAAAGAAGUGUGUGAGAUCAGAAAGUUGCGAUAUUUUAUCCCAAAUAAUGUGCGACAUGGACAAGGGUAGGCCGAAAUGUGUCCCGAAACCUAGCGCCCCAAAGAAAAAUCUACCUCAGGAUUUGGUAGACAAGCAGUGGAGGAAAGGUAUUCUGGACGUUGCCGAGAUAAUGUACAAUAGGGAAGCGAAUUGGGAUGAAACCUAUGGUUUGCAGUACUGCAACGAUAAGAACAAUGUUGGUAUUUUGAAACGAGGAAUGACCCUGCCAAUAAGAAUUCGAGUGUUGCUGAAGAAAUUGAUGGAAACUACCAAUGAAAAUGAAAUUCCUCAUCAUGUCAUAGCAGAGUUCAAGAAGAUGAAGAUCGAAAUUAUUGUGGACAUUAUUAUACAUGAAGUUUCGAAAGACUUCUGCGAAAAGCCCGACACCAAACACUUUCCAGCUCCUCUGAUGACCAAGACACAAAGAAUGUUUUUGGCGCUGAUGCUGAAACUGGAACAAGAAAAUGUGGAAAAUUUGACCAACAGAUUUUUAUUCAAGACAAAAUUUCACGUCUUCAAGACUGGUUGUGGGUUGAAAGCGACAAUUCCUCUGACGAGGUUAUUCUUGGGAGUGUGUCGAAUCCGAGGAGAUAUUCAGGCGAUGAGAAUGUUUUGCUGUGAGGCUUUUUUUUACAUCGGAGAUAAGGCAGUGCCAUUACUUUUUGCUGUACUGACCUCGUGGAGUGAAGUUAUUCCCAUGGAGGCCGAUGCCAUUUAUUAUCCCAUGGCCAAAGUUUUAGUACAGCUUGUCCAUUUGAAGACUUGCAAUAAACCAGGUUACAAUUUGUUACCUCUCAGGUGCCUCUUGCAUCAGUUUUACGGGUAUCCCAAAGAGAGGUCCAACUGCGAUACUUUUUUCGAGGAGGUUUGUCAGGAAUAUUUACGAAAUCCAUCGCCAGCAUCCGACUUUGCGAUUCGUCUGUAUUGUCGCAAUAAAGACACGAAGUGGGUAUAUAAAAAAAUCAAUGAGUUCUUCAAACCACUAAUUUAUAAAAUUCCCACAGAAAAUGUGAAUUUUAAGGCAACAGCGAUUUUGUUACUGGGAAAAAUUUGCCGUCAUUUUCGGCCCAAAGAAGAGCACGACGAAGCUUGUCUGGCAGAAAUGAACCGGUUUUUUGCAGGUUUGAUGGAAGAUGAUCUGCCGGAGCUGGUUAAACAGAGCGUUCAUCUGAGCCUCAAUCGACUUCCCCAAAAGAGAAUCAAAAUCCCACCGACGGAGAAGAAAUGCGCUAAUGAUCCCCCGAACAAUCAAACAACCGGUAAUGGAAAAGGGAAAGCGAUGCAGCGAAACAAAAAUCAGAACCGUUUCAUCAACCAGGCCCGGAAAACAGUGAAACGAAAACGUCGCUUUAAAAAAUCAAACAAAUAGUCCAACAUUGGAUGGGUAGUAGAAGAGAAUCGAAAUUAGACUGUACCAACAAAUAUUGUAUUAUAUUUAAUAAUUAAUUUGAAGGAGGUCAUGUUCCAUUGUAUUUUCUUCGGAUUGUCAACAGUCAUUCGAGUGUUUCUCAACAACAAUCCCAAAAAACAACAAAACAAGAAAAUCAAUUGUUACGGUGUACAUAAUAUUUAUUUUUCAUACAAAUUAUUCAUUUUCAGUUUGUAAAUAUUAAAUUAAACUGUGAUUCGGUCAAGACUAUAAA